AUGGAUGACUGUUCCAAAUGCCCAGAAGAUCAAUAUCCAAACAAGGAUCAAGAUUCAUGUCUUCCGAAAAGAAUAUCAUUCUUAACCUAUGAAGAACUAAUGGGACUGAGUCUAAUGAUUCUGGCAAUUUUCUCUUUUCUCUGCACAACUGUUGUCCUGGCAACAUUUUUGAAGUAUCACCAUACUCCCAUUGUCAAGGCCAAUAACCGAAAUCUUACCUAUGUUCUACUCAUCUCCCUGCUCCUCUGCUUCCUUUGCUCAAUGCAGUUCCUUCUUGUACCAGGUGAUAUAAUAUGUCUCCUCCGACAAAUUAGCUUUGGCAUCAUCUUUUCAGUGGCUGUGUCUUCUGUGCUAGCAAAAACCGUCAUUGUGGUUCUGGCUUUCAUGGCCACCAAGCCAGGAUCCAGGAUGAGGAACUGGGUGGGAAGAGGACUGGCUACUUCGAUUGUUCUUUCUGGCUCCCUGAUUCAAGUAGGCAUCUGUACAGUGUGGCUGUUAACAUUUCCCCCUUUCCCUGACAUUGACACCCAUUCAGAAAUUGAGGAAAUGAUACUGCAAUGCAAUGAAGGCUCAGCUAUCAUGUUCUACUGUGUCUUGGGCUACAUGGGCAUUCUGGCAGCUGCAAGUUUCACAGUAGCUUUUUUCUCCAGGAAUCUCCCCAGCAGUUUUAAUGAGGCCAAGUGUCUGACAUUCAGCAUGUUGAUCUUCUGCAGUGUGUGGAUCUCCUUUGUUCCAUCCUACCUGAGCACCAAAGGGAAAUAUAUGGUGGCUGUGGAGGUUUUCUCCAUUUUGGCCUCCAGUGCAGGGUUGCUUGUCUGCAUAUAUUUCCCCAAAUGUUACAUAAUUAUUUUUAGACCACAACUAAACAGCAGGGAGCAACUCAUUAAGAGAAGAAGUUUGUAG